UUUACUGCCGAUUGCAUUGAUGUCAACACAACAUCCGGUGUUGUUAGAGGACAGACAUUACAAGUCAAGAAUCUGAUAUUAGAUGUAAUAGUCGAUGAAUUUUUGGGUAUACCGUAUGCCAUACCACCCAUCGGUAAUCUAAGAUUUGCAAAACCACAACCUAUUACAACAAAAUUUAAAGAUAUCAUUGAUGCAACAAAACCUAAGUCAUGGUGUAUGCAAUUGAUAACAUCAGUGCAUACUAUGAAUGAACAAAAAGAUUUAAAUGAAAAUUGUUUGUAUUUAAACAUAUGGUCUCCUAAACUAAACACCAACACCACUAACAACAACACAAAUAAAUUAAAACCAGUCAUGUUUUGGAUACAUGGAGGAGGUCUUACUGUUGGAUCAAUUUUUCAAAACGAGUUCAAUGGUACAGCACUGGCCUCUAAUGAUGUAGUGGUGGUCACUACUAGUUAUAGACUCGGAAUAUUUGGUUAUUUAUUUGGUGAUCGAGAGGACGCUCCGGGAAAUACCGGCUUUUAUGACCAGUUAUUAGCAUUGAAAUGGGUUAGAGAUAACAUACAUAAGUUUGGUGGAGAUAAGGACCAGAUCACUAUAUUUGGUGAAUCGGCCGGUAGUUGGUCUGUAUCGGCACACAUACUGUCACCGCUAUCUAAAGGUCUAUUCAAAAGAGCAAUUAUGCAAAGCGGUGCGCAUAUGUAUAACAAGGACAGGGAUCCGCUCAACAAAACUGAAGCCUUAAAUAAUGCCAAAAAGUUGGCCAAAAUUUUUAAUUGUAGUUUAACUGAUGAUUGGAUACAAUGUUUGAGAGAAGUUGAUGCAAACAUUUUGGUGAAACUAUUGCCGCUUUUUGAUGUAACUUAUCCAGUGAUUGGCACUCAGUUUUUACCUCUUAUUGCACGUCAAGCAUUUGAACACAACUUAUUUAAUACAGACAUUGAUCUGAUUGGUGGCAUUACUAAAGAUGAGGGACAAAUGAAUUUUGAUUCAUUAGGACUUAAUAUUACUUACGAUAGAUUCAAAUUGAAUGUUAAGAUAAUGGAUAAUAUGUUUCACAAUUUAAAUGUCGAUAAUAUAACCGAUUUUUAUCUGAAAAAUGUUAACAAAACGAGUCAACCGGCUGUUCGUCGAGCGUUUGGAGAGUUUGUCGGCGAUCUCUUUCUCAAGUGUCCGACCUAUCAUUUUAGCAAACAAGUAGCCAAACGGUUGUCCACUACUGGUCGUAAUGUAUACUUUUAUGAGUUGACUUAUGGAAGUCCAUACUUUUCAAACGUCACCGGUUGUGAUACCAAAUCAAAAAAUGUCUGCCAUUCCUUAGACAUUGCAUUUGUAUUUGGUUUGCCAUUACUUACACCUGAACUAUAUUUACCAAAAGAUAUAUUUUUUGCGAGUGAAGUGAUGAAAAUGUGGACAACUUUUGCUAAGACUGGUACUAUAGAUAACAAUUGGCCCAAACUGUGGACUGAUAGCACACCUAAUGUAUGGCAUAUCCGUGAUUUAAAUCCCAAUAAUAUGACCAAAACAUUUGACCAUCUUUUUGAUCAAACAUGUGAUGGCAUUUGGAAAAACUAUUUUAAUUAAUUUUUACAUUUUAU